GGUCAAUGAUUUGAAGACUGGUAAUCUGGUAGGAAUCGACAAAUAUGGAAACAAAUACUACGAAGACACGAGAAACUUCUUUGGUCGACACAGAUGGGUCAUAUAUACUGAGGAGAUGAACGGCAAAAAUACGUUUUGGGAAGUGGAUGGCAGCAUGGUGCCCCCAGAAUG